AUGAAGCUCUUCGCUGCCACCGCCCUCAUCCCUGCGGCACUCGCAGCCUCCAUCACCGCAACCAACAAAUGCACCACCUCCAUCUUUGUCAAACCUGACGCGCAAGGAUUCUCCGGUGCGAUUUCCGAAAUCAAACCAGGUGCGACAUGGACUGGUCCCUUUGAGACCCAGAAAUUUGGCAACGCGGUCAAAUUCUCGAAGAGCAGCACCGAUUUCAGCAAGCCUAUCAGCUUCGACUAUAGUAUCAGCGGCAGCCUGACAUACUACGAUGUGAGCGACGCAGCUGGGGCGCCUUUCAAGCUGGUCGCGAGGGACACGACGGGAGGAGGGCAGACGUGCCCAGAGAUAUCCCUCAAAGUCUUCUACAACAUUUACCUGCACCCACUGCGCACCUACCCAGGCCAAAAAUUAUGGGCUGCAACCCGCCUCCCCUGGACGCACGCCAUGCAAUCCGGUCAAUACCACCUUAAGCUGCAAGAUAUGCAUACCAAGUACGGCCCAGUAGUCCGCGUUGCGCCCGACGAGCUCUCCUACAUCAAUCCGGAAGCAUGGAAAGAUAUCUACGGUAACCGCAAUAUCCCAAAGAACGCUGUAUGGGCGGGCCAAGAAGAAAAAGAGCAUCCUGUCAGCGUUGUGAGCACGAACGAAGAGACGCAUCUGCGAAAUCGACGAGCAUUAACAGGCGCAUUCACUGAGCAUGCUAUCAGUGAACAUGCAUCCGUGCUUGAAGACCUGGUUGGGCUUAUGAUCACGAGGUUCAAGGAACAGAUAACAAGUGGUGAGGGAAGAGCCGUCGUAGAUCUGGUGGAUUGGACAAACUUCCUUACCUUCGACAUUUCGGGCUUACUUUCCUACGGCGAAUCCUUCUCUAAUGUAACCAACGGGCGUGCACAUCCUUGGGUCGAGAUCUCAUGUUCCUUCGGCAAAGGCAUCGCCCUCAUGGCGUCUAUCAAUUUCUUCUCGCCGCUGAACAAGGUGCUAAAGUAUGCGAUGCCCAAGUCGGUCAUGAGAAAGAUGGUAUAUCAUAAGCAAAUUGCGCACGAGAAGUUCCUACAGAGACUGUCCUUGGGAGAAAACAAGGGAAAGCAGGACUAUGUCGGCAGCAUUAUGGCGUAUAACGCGGAGAAAGGCGAGGUCAAGAUCCCGAAGGAUGAGAUUGAGGCGAACAUGACGUUGUUGAUAUUCGCGGGUAGCGAGACAACGAGUACAGCGUUGGUGGCGAUAUUGACGCAGCUGUUGCAAGCUCCCGCCGCGUUGAGAAGGCUGGAAGAAGAAGUGCGUGGAGCGUUUGAGAACGAGGAUGCCAUCCACAUUGGAAGCGUGGCAAAGCUUGAGUAUCUGGAUGCGGUGAUCCAGGAGGGUAUCCGUAUGGGGCCACCAGCUGCAAUAGCGCUACCGAGGCUUACGACCUUCAUCUCAGUAAAUCAAUACCCAGCAUUCCGGUCUCCCAGCAAUUUCACGCAGCCCGAUUCUUUCGUUCCGGAGCGAUUCUUGUCUAACUCACCAUUUCCUUUGGACAGAUUGGACGCAUUCGAACCGUUCCUGAUGGGUCGACACAAAUGCAUCGGGCAGAAAUUAGCCAUGACGAUCAUGAGGCUUACGCUUACGAGACUGAUAUUUGCGUUUGACCUUAAGACUGUGGAAUGUGUGCGUGACUUUGGGAAGCAAAAUACGUACAUCUUCUGGGAGAAGAAGCCAUUGCGGGUGGAGCUAAAGUUGAGGGGCGACCGCGCCUAG